UUUCGAUUCAAAAGUACAACAUCUAAGAGACAUUGGAGAUACAUACUUUGCAAAUUAUCAUUGACAGUUACAUUUACCAACAAGGGUAUAUGUAACUGUGUGUUUAUAAUUUUAUACGAUGUACGGAGGAACCAGUGAAAAAUUGAUGGUCGUCGUUCUAUUGGUGUGCCAAAAGUGCCCGUCAGUGCCUAGAGGUACACGAUAGCUUACUCAACACAAUAAUGCAUUGUUUCUUGGUAUGUAGAAAAUGAAAACCGUAGAAGGAAAAGUUGUUGCUUUAGGAUCUCAGGGUGUCGGAAAAACAAGUAUGAUCAUUCGUUACGUCGGGAAAACUUUAAACGAACAUAUAAAUCCUACAAUAGGCGCGUCCUUUUUCACGUGCAAACUGAACGUGGAAAACACAAGAAUACUACUACAGGUCUGGGACACAGCGGGACAGGAAAGAUUCAGAUCGAUGGCACCAAUGUAUUAUCGAAAUGCGAAUGCCGCUAUUUUGGUAUUCGAUUUAACACAAUACAACACAUUCAGAGCGAUGAAGGAUUGGGUAAUGGAACUUCGUAGAAACAUUGAAGAGAGCAUGGUUUUGGUCGUAAUUGGAAAUAAGUCGGAUCUAAAGAAGGACCGACAAGUUGACGCUGAGGAGGGUAGAGUUUAUGCAACAAAAAUCGGCGCAACCUAUCACGAAACAUCGGUGCUACAGAAUGAAGGAAUCGAAAACGUUUUUUUAGACAUCGGCAUGGGACUUCUCAGACUGUCAUCGAUCGAUCGUGAUUUUACGUCUGUCAAAGUGUACGAGUCAGUGAAUUCCAUUUGGCCUGACACGAACACACCCCUUGUACCAUCCCUCGAGGAAAAGCCUCAAAACGUCAGUAUUGCGCAUGGGAUAGACGAGAAACCGUACGCGUGUUGCUAAUCUGCUUUCUCGUCGUGCCUGCCAAUGAUUCGAAUACAUAAUACAUACAUAUGGAGUGUACUCUUCACAUUUCUCCCCUUUCUACUACAAUGUUAAGAGUACAUAUAUACAUAUAUGUAUGUAUGUGCAUUCGUAAUCUUUUUCGCCCUUGUAUGAUUACACAUGGCCCACCCUCGCAAAUAUAAAUACGCUCAAUUCGAAUGCAUUCUCGUUUAAUGUAAAUAUGUUGGAGGCAUUUGUAACGACAGCAAUAUUUUUUUGCAUAAAUCACAUUUAUAGUAACA